GCCAUGGCAACGCCUGUCUGAGUCAGUACAGCGGUUAAAACACGGUCACUCUGCUGGCUCUUCGUGUGGGAUGUUCAGUCAGCAUGCUGGUGCGCACCGGUCGCGCUUGUCCUCGUGUGUGUAACUCCGCUGCGCUCUGUCCCGGGAUGAGACUUCACCAUCACCAGCUGUGAGACAGACGGAUAGACGGACAGGCUGAGGGGACACGUCGCACACCUGCGGCUCGGAUGGAAAUAGAUGGAGGGACUUGCGCCGCAGCCGCUGUCCCCGCACUCGACCCGAUUGCUUCACCUCCUCUCGUGGUCCACGGGGGAGCGCGCUUGUAAGCUGAUUUAACCCGGGGGAUGUGAAUACCUCUCCGGGAUUAGAAGGUUAUUGGGUGAACGACAAUGCCCCGCGGCUCGGUCCGGCACUCCCGGCUAUUGUUCGUGCGGCGGCGGAGGACGCAGGGUGCCCGGCUGGUUCAUCUCCAGUAGCUUCUGCUCCUGUGGACCCCUCGCUGCUUCGCUCAGGUCGUCCUCCCGGUGUGGAUAGGAUAAUAUGACUUCCUGGCUCCGCACAUACGGCAGCGUCCCUCUGUGUCUCCUGCUCUGCUGCUCGGUGGUCUCUGUCUGCGCAGAAGCCUCCAGUGCCGGUGACAGUUCGUGUUGGUCUCCCAGCAUCACUUCUUGCACUGAGUGUCUCAGACGUGGACCACAGUGUGCCUGGUGCUUCAAGGAGGACUUUCUGGAUGGGGUGGGGUCGAGCCAGCGUUGCGACCUGCCAGUGAAGCUGCUCAAGAGAGGCUGUGACCCGGAGUUCAUGGAGCAGUCAGAGGUCAAGGUGGAGGUCAACGCCACCAUCAGCAGCACACAGGUGUCCCCACGAGACAUCAGCAUCGACCUCAGACCAGGGUCAGAGGCCAGCAUCGUUGUUGCCGUGAAGCAGCUGGAGCGUUACCCUGUGGAUCUGUACUACCUGGUUGAUGUGUCGGCAUCCAUGCAGGAAAACCUCGAUCAUUUGAAGACAGUUGGUGUGGCGCUGUCUCUUCGUAUGACGGAGCACUCCUCGGACCUUUGGCUGGGUUUUGGCUCAUUUGUGGACAAACCUGUCUCCCCUUACAUCAAUGUCCAUCCCUCCAAGAUCAACAACCCCUGCAGUGAUUAUGAGAUUCGCUGUCGUCCGGCACACGGCUUCCACCACGUCCUGGGUAUGACAGGAAAUAUGAGCGAGUUCACACGUGUGAUUAAACGCCAGCGCAUCUCUGGAAACAUGGACACACCUGAGGGAGGACUGGAUGCUAUGCUGCAAGCUGCUGUCUGCCAGAGAUCGGUGGGCUGGCGACCGGAGGCCAAGCGCCUGUUGCUCCUGAUGACCGACCAGCCGUCUCACCUUGCCCUGGACAGCCGGCUGGCAGGGAUCGUGAGGCCACAUGACGGCCUGUGUCACCUGGAAAACAAUGUGUACACAGGGAGCACGAGGAUGGACCAUCCCAGUGUGGGUCAGUUGUCUGACAAGCUGCUUGAAAACCAUAUGUAUUCCAUCUUCGCUGUGGAGAAGCAGCAGUACCAGUGGUAUGAGGAGUUAGUACGUUUCCUUCCUGGCUCCUAUCUGGGAAAGUUAGGCCUCUUCCAGGCUCCGAACCUUAUAGAGCUGGUGGUGGAUGCAUACAAGAGGUUGUUGUCGGAGGUGGCAGUAUCAGUGUCAGUAGAGGACAAGGCAGUCAGCAGGUACUGGGUGUCUGUAUCGCCUCUCUGUCCCAAUGGAUCCACUGCUAAGGACCAGAGCUGCUCGGGGGUGCAGCCCGGCCAGACGGUCUACUUCAAUAUCACCAUUGGAAUGCACUCUUGUCCUGCCGAUGGCAAAGAUGAAGAUGUAACAGUUAUGGUUCGACCUGUGGGUUACAAUGAAUCCACCGUCGUAAGGAUCCACUCUAAAUGCCGCUGCAGUUGUGGAUCAACAGGCAGCUGCAAUGAUGACAACCAAUCACCAUGCAGAGGAACACAAGACAGCCACAGUCAGGAGCAGAGGCUGGAUCAUGGGCCAAUUAAGGACUCAGACAGAGAUUCAAACUGGAGAUGCAGAGCGGGUGGGUCAGAUGUGGACUGCAGUGGUCGGGGAGUGUGUGAGUGCGGGAAGUGUGUGUGUGAGCGGAGCAGGCUUGGGACAGUGUACGGGAAAUACUGCGAGAUAGACGACUUCUCGUGCCCGUAUGAAGGGGGACUGCUGUGUGGAGGACAUGGUGUGUGCGUGUCAGGUGAGUGUGUGUGUGAGGAUGACUGGACAGGCGAGAGCUGUGGUUGUCCUGUCUCCACCGCAACCUGCCAAUCAGCCAACGGCUUGCUUUGCAGCGGGCGAGGCAGAUGUGUGUGCGGCAAGUGUUUGUGUGACGACCCCCGACAAUCUGGAGACUUCUGUGAGAGAUGUCCUACUUGCCAAAGGACCUGCCAAUCAUACUGGAAGUGUGUGGACUGCCACUUGUCUCAUGGUCUCACACAAAAAGAGGCAGGACACUGCAACACAACCUGUGCCUCACUGGUGGGCUACAUGGAUGACAUAUCAGUCCAAACAGGGGAGAUGUGGAUCCAAUGUAUGUACAUCAGUAAUGACAGCUGUCGCUAUCGCUUUCAAACAAGCUCACAGUCGGGUCAGGCCCAGCUUCACAUAAGCACAAGACCAGAGUGUGCCAGCAACAGUCGGCUGGUAGGAACAUUCCUGAGUGUGUGUGCGCUGACAGUGCUGUGCGGGCUGGUGGUGGUGGCUGUGUCCCGGCUGCUGCUACAGAAGAGAGGCUUGGCACCAGGGGGCGCUGCUGAGGACGUAGGCUACCACUGCACUGGAAAGGACCUGUCAUACAUCCCAACAAGCAAUGAGAAGACAGUUACUUACAGAAGGGACCGUCUACCUGACCGCCCCGUGGAGAUGCACAUCCAGGUUCCCAAGAUGCCCCUCAGUGAUCACUGGCAGUGCUAGGUCAAAGGUCAAAGUCAGAAGGAGACUCGACUAAAGGCUUCUAUUCUUCAGAAAACUUCAACCAGCUGCAUGCGGAGACUGUGAUGAUAAACUACACUAUGAAACCUCCAUGGGAUCACAUUUGUAAUAUGAACUGAGCAAACUCUCAUAGAUUGUGUGACUAAUGUGGCCAGUAUCCUCGAGAUGAAACAAAGAGCACAUGCCCCCCACCUCUUCUUCCUCUGUAGCAGCAGGGAGGCUGCUCCCUCCACGGACUAAAGGGUGAUCAUUCCUCGCUUUCUAGCCAUGCAGCAAAUAUUGCUCUAACUUAUAUGUGUGUGUGAGAAAGAGAGUGUGAGAGUGUGAGUGUGUGUGGCACAGGUAGAUGCAUUUAUGGUCUAUCAAUGCUUUCUAUUUAUGAUUUUAUAGUAAAAACACUACAUGUUUUAGGUUUAUGUUAUUGUGUGACAGUCCAUCGCUCCAACUGAACUAUUUCCUUGUCUUAGUCUGCCCCCCUGUGGCCAGCAUGAGGUACGACAUUUACUGUCAACACAUUACUGACCUCAGCUGUCCUGCCUUGGGAUUUAAUCCAUGAAGCACACCAAUGACUCUGCAUGCCUUUUAUUUCUUAUUUGUCUUAUUUUUUCAGUCAUUUGUGACAUUCCUUGUCCUCUAGUGGUUUUUUCUUGCAUUUGUUGUUAACUGAUCAACUGCAUUGGAAAUUAGUGUUACUUUAUGGCAUUUUUCUAUCAUGAUGAAGUGAGAAUAUAGUUUCACGUGAUUGUCGGUUUUUGAUUAUCUGGUUAGACUUGCACUAGAGGAAUUGUUUUGCAUUAUACUACUGAAAACUGUGGGAUCUCUGGGGCAGGAGAGCUGUGAUGGUGGGUUUGCUAUAUGUUGGGCAUUAGAAGGCAUCUAUUUUUGCAUUAAGUGCAUUUGAAGCUAAUGUAACAAAUCCAUAACACUGGAAUAACUACGGACUGAAAAAUCAUAUUUAAAAAAGCAACAUACUGACAAUUAAUGACAACUGCAUCAUUGAACGCCUGCACAUGUGGCCUCUAUCUGCAUCUGCUCAUCAUCCCAGAGCCAUUACUGACGAGUUUAGACUCUGAGACCAACUCCGGGGCAAAAGUACAAAUCAGUUGUGAAGGUACUGAGAUCAGAGGUGGAAUCACACCUCUCAUGCACUAGAUCCUCUGGAUCCAGAGUGCCAGUUGCAUGGCAUCUUGUAAGACUUUUGUGUGCGCAAUCCUUUUCCUCUUUUUGAAUUUUAUUUAACACAACAUUGUUUACAGCAAUAGCUGCUCUCCUUUACUGUAAGUCAGGAACACUAAUUGUUAUUUAUUGUGAUUUGUUUCCCCUUCUUUUUAUUUAUGUUAAUUGUGCUAUUUUAUGAUAAGGCUACUUGGGGAACAGGUAGUAAGGACUGUUUGUGUUAAUGAAGAGCAGCCCCUAUCUCUAACCAUGAGAAUAAUUCAGCAAUAAGGUCAUAAUCAUCUCAUCUAACCGGGCAAUGAGUUCGGAGUAACAACAGCACUUUCCUGUGUAGUUUUGCUGACAAUUAAUGUGACUAGUUGUGUAGCAUGAAUGUUUCCAUCACAAUAAAAUGUGCAAGAUUUUUUUAAA